AUGGGCACCAAAGAUGUGGUUUCGUCGCAGGCGUUAUUCCUUCAUUUCUUCUCGACCGUGAUUCUGAUAUUCAAGCCUCUUCAAUGCCUAUCAUAUCGUGAUCAUAACGGUACUACUCGCCGCAGUCCCCCGGCUAUGUUCGCUAUUGGCGGCGGCCAAACUGACGUCGGCACCAACAAGAUCUUGAAUUCCUCUUCACAGGGCAACCGGCCGUUCAAUGGGAUCGAUUGCGACCCUCCUCUGCCUACCGGCAGGUUAAGCAAUUGCUUGGUUGUGGCUGACUUUGUGGCAAAGGAGCUGGGCUUCGACGAAAGCCCGUCGCCGUUUCUCUCCGUCGCGAACUCGCCCGAGAGGUUCGACCGGGCCAUAACAAGCCAGGGCGUCAGCUUCGGUUCCGCGUCGUCUGGCAUUUUCAACUCGACGGGACAGAGCGGCGAAGCGCAUGUGACGUUCGGGCAGCAGAUCGAUCAGUUGCGGGAGCGAGUCCGGCCCAGGCUGAUAACUUUACUGGGCCGACCAGCUGCCGACAAUUUCCUGGCCCAGUCCUUCAUUUUGGUGGCCGCCGGAGGCAUUGACAUAGACGAGCAGCGAGUGAAUGCCCCUCCCAACUCCGACCCCAGCUUCCUACGAUUGUUCACAGCCCAAUUCGUCGACUAUAUUCAGACUCUGUAUGCACUUGGAGGUCGAGUGUUCGGGAUCGUGGCGCCACCACCGAUCGGAUGCAGUCCAUUUUAUUACAAUUCGAACAGCAGCGAAUGCGACGCCAGAGCCAAUUCGCUGUCGCUGGGUGUCUACUACCGCCUUGAGGCGGCGUUGAGACUGUUACGCCUUUCAUACCCCGAUUUCCAGUAUUCCAUCUGCAAUUCUCCCGCCUUCUAUCUUGAUGUCAUCGCGAAUGCUUCAAGUUUCACAUCAUGUGGUUUGACGGAGGUGAGAGCUGCAUGCUGUGGAAACGGGAGGACACCGUGUUCGCCAACUUCGACCCUCUGCGGGAAUCGCGACGAGUACUUCUUUUGGAACCAAUAUUUGCUCACGAAUGAGGGCUCCAGGCUGCAUGCCGCCGCCUGUUUUGGCCGGAAUCCCAGAUACUGGACUCCGAUCAGCUUCGCUGCCCUCGUGGAAGAUUAA